AAACUCCUCUUCCGCGGGCCUCGGGAGGUCGGCAGGGCAGCGCUAUGAGGGCAGAACAGGCUCGAGUGACACGGCUCUGGAUUUCUGGCCUGGAGAAAGCUGUCCUCUGCCUACACUGUUCUCUUCCUGCGGAGCUUUUGGAUGUGUGUUAGAAAACGAACCCUAGCCUUGGACCUUGGUAGCUCAGCAUGUUCUCUGCCAGGAGGUUGUCAGGAGGUUGCAGAGCCAUCAGACUCCAUCACCUCAGACACCACUCGGUGUCCAGGACCUCUCCAAACUUGGCUUUUGUGCCAGCCUGUCUUCCCCCGGAUCCUGCGGAAGUAGAGGAGCUGCAGCAUUUUGUUUCCAGCUCCAAGAAGCUCUUUGUAAUGACCGGGGCUGGAAUCUCGACUGAAUCGGGGAUCCCAGAUUACCGCUCUGAAGGAGUCGGGCUCUACGCCAGGACAGACAGGCGGCCCAUCCAGCACGCCGAGUUUGUUCGUAGCGCCAGCGCCCGGCAGCGAUACUGGGCAAGGAACUUCGUGGGCUGGCCCCAGUUCUCCUCCCACCAGCCCAACACGGCACACCUGGUGCUGAGAGACUGGGAGAAGCUGGGAAAGCUUCACUGGUUGGUGACCCAGAACGUGGAUGCCCUCCACACCAAAGCUGGGAGCCGGCGCGUGACAGAACUGCACGGCUGCACACACAGGGUUUUCUGCCUGGGCUGUGGAGAUCAAACCUUGCGCUCUGAGCUUCAGGAGCAUUUUGAAGCUCUGAAUCCUGCCUGGAAAGCUGAAGCACUCGGUGUGGCUCCGGAUGGGGACGUCUUCCUGACGGAUGAGCAGGUGCACAAUUUCCAAGUCCCAGCUUGCAGUAAAUGCGGCGGCAUCCUGAAGCCCGACGUGACGUUCUUUGGAGACACGGUGAGCCGGGAAAAGGUGGAUUUUGUGCACCAACGCCUGGCAGAGUCAGACUCCAUGCUGGUGGCAGGAUCCUCUAUGCAGGUAUACUCUGGUUACAGGUUUGCUCUUGUUGCUCGGGAGAAGCAGCUGCCUAUUGCAAUCCUUAACAUCGGGCCCACAAGGUUAGACCACUUUGCAUCCUUAAAACUGAAUUCCCGCUGUGGAGAGCUGCUGCCUCUGAUUGUUGCACACUGACCCAGCAAGCUGAGCAUCAGCAGCUAUCAGGAGUAAAAAUAUUUCUCCAAGGACUUACCAUCUCAAAAGUGGAAAACUUCAAUCUGAGGGGCAUCUGUGAGAUCCUUAUGUGUGGCCCCUGAUGACACCAGGAGAGGGCAGCAAGCAUCGCACAUGUCAACCUGACCAGUUGUUUUCUGCAUUGACACCAUCUCCACUUAACCAGGAAGGAGAAUGAUGAUGAAAAAAUGUCUUUUCUGCCUUACUUUGUCGUUGUAAACAGUGCCUUCUGUUUGCACUCACUGGGACAGGAUAAUCAGACGUGAGAACAAAACACUUUUUUUAAUAGUUGUCCCAAGAGAAGAGUGAGGGGCAGGGAGUUUGACCAAGUAACUUGAGGUAGAAUAGCAGAGGAGAGCAAUGUGGAACACCACAGUAUCAGCUGGAGGAUCUGUUGUCAUUAGUGGGCAUGCAAAGAGGGUAAGGAGGCAAGAGGAUUUGCAGUUGCCAUUUUCAAAAAAAAAAAAAAAAUGGCUAAAAAGAGAAGCUGAAUAAGGAUACUACUCUUGUAAGAAAUGAUUUGAAGGCACAGGCCACAAGGUUGAUGUCUUUGAGCAAAGAGGGGAAGUCAGCGCUUCUCUCGACUGUCAGUUGACCAGUUAAACUGCUUACUAUCUGAACGCUUUAAAAAUGGAAUAUUGUUGAGAUGCCAGAGGAUUUACUUUAAGCUAAUAUCUGACCAGAGCUGCUUUCAGUGUGGCUGCUACCUUUUCUAGAAUGCAUUUUUUAAAGAUGUUAUUUAAUUAAUGAAUAACUAAGUAGCGAAUUAAAAUUGUUUACAUGACUGAUACUAUUUG